GGUAGAUGAGGUGUGUCCUUAAUAAAUGCUGAAUUUAAAUGAAUUUUUACAUAAACAUUAAUAGCGGUUGUAAAACGCUUACAUUUAAGUUUUCAGAAGUAUUUGUAUGAGGGAAGCCGACAUUUACGAGGAGCACCUGAAGCCGCGUCGUGGUUCAGCCACGCCCCCGUCUCAUCGCGAGAGCCAAUGGGAAUCGUUGUAUUGAACACGCGUUUCCCCCUUCUCCCAGUGACGCGCCACCUUGGUCCCACUUUAUUAUCUUCAUUAUCAUUGCUACAGAAUAAAUCAGUCAACAUGUCUAUCCGUUUGUUGGAAAUAGUCUUUUUCUUGUAUUUUGCCUCUCACAUUCCCAUCACGUUAUUUAUAGACCUCCAAGCGCUGCUGCCCGGACACGUGUACCCUCAGCCGCUGAAGGACCUUCUGCAGUGGUAUGCAGAGGGGUUCAGGGACCCCAUGAUGCUGGACCCGCCGGCCUGGUUCAAGUCCUUUAUUUUUUGCGAGGCUCUGCUCCAAACGCCGUUUUUCCCGGUCGCCGCGUAUGCGUUCCUGAAAGGUGGCUGUACGUGGAUCAGGACUCCUGCCAUUGUGUAUUCCACACAUGUGGCCACGACGCUGGUCCCCAUCCUAGCUCACAUCCUGUUCUACCAGUUCCCUAUGAAACCCCACCCUGGUCCCCAGACCCCGCAGGACCGCUGGCUGCUGGUCUCCAUCUACUUACCAUAUCUGCUGGUGCCCGUGCUGCUGCUCCUCACCAUGCUGCUGUCCUCCACAUACAACCCCACCUCCACGUCUGGACACAAGUCCACCAAAUCCAAGAGGAAGUAACGGACCAGACUAAAGCGAUCUAAUCCACUCUGAUUUAAGGAGAUAGCUUCCUACAUUUCUCAAUUUCUCAAUUGUAUAUGAUUUACAUAAUGGGAUUUAUGAUAUUUGAGGGGCUGUGUCUGUAUGAGUCAAACUGCAUCACACUAUUAUGAAAAUAAUUUCUCCAGUUAAACCAUUGAGAAUGAGCACUUUUAAUGUUUUUCUUUAAAAGUAAAACAAAAAUGUUGAAAAUUUGUUGUGUCUUUUAUCUGAACCAAAGGGAAAACAAUACACUCAUAAAGAACUCUGCAGGAAAUCAGGAUGUUCAAGUUCUUCUAAUAUGCCCUUAUGCAUAUUAUGAAGAUAUUUCAUAUCUCCUGUAUAUAUGUUAAGAUUGAUAACAUUGUAUAUAAUAUUUUAGCAGUUUAAAAAAUAAAAAAUAAAUAUACACUUUUAUUAAACCCCAAGGGGAAAUUAGUUCUCUGCAUUUAACCCAUCCUUAGUUAUUAAGGAGCAGUGGGCUGCAGUGAUGUGCCCGGGAAGCAACUGGGGGUUCAGUGCCUUGCUCAAGGCAAGAGGUCUCAACACAAUGUAUUAGUACAUAUUUCCAGCUUUGUUGUAGAAUUGCACACACUGAUAUUCAUAGAUGAACUCUGUGACUGGACACAUUCUAGUUAAACAGGUGUAUCUGGUUGACCAGUGGGGUCAACUAUUUUCUAUUUACAGAUCAAUGUUUUGCAUGCCUAUGUUCUGACCAUAUGGAUUUAUGUUUUACAUGCCUGUGCUCAGCAUUUCUACCUGAAAUGUAAAUAACUGACAUCUAGGUUAAAACCUAAGUUGAAGCUAGUUAACAUCCAUAAAUGGAUGUAAAGAUGACACCCAUGUGUGUCUCACCCCACUUCUAUGUGGUGGGUUAGUUCGGGUAUAAGUUAAUGUGGUUUCUUCAGAGAGUUGACGAAAUUCUGCAGUCCAGCAAACGGUGCUUUUCCUCCCAUGAUUCAUGUUCAAUAAAUAACAAUUGAUUUUC